AGUCUCUCCUCAACCGGGCUCGUCUGGGACGCACACCCACGACGGCUUCACGUACCACAUGCACAAUCACUCGCGCCAGUUCUUUGCGCUGGACGACGAGUACGCGCAGCCUGGAACCUGGACACCUCUGGAGCACGGGCACACGCAUGAGCAUCUGGAACACGCCGGGAAAUUCGGAGAUCGUGUUCUUCCCGAUUAUAACCAUCGAGACUUCAAGGAGAGGGGAUUCACUAUUGGCAUUGGAGGACCUGUAGGCUCCGGGAAGACGGCGCUUACGCUCGCAUUGUGCCAGAAGUUGCGAGACAGGUUUAAUAUCGGUGUGACAACUAACGACAUCUUUACGCGCGAAGACCAGGAGUUUCUGAUCAAGAACAAUGCUCUCCCCGCCGAACGCAUCCGGGCUAUCGAAACCGGUGGGUGUCCGCACGCAGCAAUCCGAGAAGACAUCUCGGCGAAUCUGCAUGCGCUGGAAGAGCUGCAGGCCGAAUUCGGAUGUCAGCUGCUGUUUGUCGAGAGUGGCGGUGAUAAUUUAGCUGCCAAUUAUUCUCGAGAGCUGGCGGACUACAUCAUCUAUGUUAUUGAUGUAUCAGGGGGUGACAAGAUCCCACGAAAAGGCGGGCCGGGUAUCUCGCAGUCUGAUCUACUCGUGAUCAACAAGACCGAUCUCGCACCCUACGUCGGCGCAUCGCUCGAAGUGAUGGCCCGGGACGCGGCCAAGAUCCGGGACAACGGUCCCACAGUGUUCACCUCGAUCAAGCACGGGGACGGGGUGGACGAGAUCGUUGACUACGUGCUAAGCGCCUGGAAGGCCAGCGGAGCCUCGAGGCUUAAGUAAGCCCCGACCUUAUGCCGGGGGAUGACGACCUCCCCAAGCGCUCACCAAGGAAGAUCCGCUCUAGAGCGGUUUGCCCGCCCGGAAGGAAUAGACAGGCCAAGAAUGGCCAACCAUACUCAUGAACGAAGAUUUG